GUAACAUAAGUUUCCAGGAUCAAAGUAUUUCUUCUACUGAAUCACAGAGUUUACUCUUUCUUUCUCUAUAAUAGCUUAGAUACCUGUUCCACCGGUUUCUGAUACAAAGAUCAAGAACCAUGACAAAGGUAUACCCAAAUGCAACAACAGAAAUCCCAAGAAUUCCGAAACAAAUUUCUGACAGGGAAGUGGAGGUAUUAACAGUAUGGAAAAAAUCACUUCUCUUCAACUGCAACGGUUUUACCGUUUUUGAUACAAAAGGAAAUCUUGUUUUUCGUGUUGAUAAUUAUCGAGCUGGGAAUAAAACGGAAAUCUUUUUAAUGGAUGCAUCAGGAAAAACUCUUCUUACUAUUCGUCGUAAGAAAUUGAGUUUAUCGGAUAACUGGAUGGUGUAUGACGGAGAAAAUUCUGUCAAUCCAAGAUUUCUGGUGAAAAAGCGUGUGAAUUUCUUGACAUCAAAGAACUUGGCUCAUGUGAUAUCUUGUAGUCAGAGUAACAGUAAGGAGUUGAUGUACGAGAUUAUUGGUUCGUAUGCACAACGGUGUGUGGGUGUGUAUGAUAAUAGAAAAAGACUAGUUGCAGAAAUUCAAAGGAAAGAAGCAGCUAAAGGUGGUGCAUCCUUUGGUGGCGAUGUAUUCAAGUUGAUUGUACAGCCACAAAUUGAUUCAACUAUUGCAAUGUCUCUGGUUAUACUAAUGGAACAGAUGUUUGGUUCUCGAAGAUCAAAAUCAAUUUAAGGUCUAGAUUAUGAUCGGUGAAGAAUGCACCCAAUGGGGUUGUGACCAACGGUGGUGAUGUUGUUUUGGCACCCCUUUAAUCCUUCCCGGCGGGUACUUCUCAUUGAUGGAAAUUUUGCCUAAUAAGCAACUUUUUUUCUUUUUAGCUUUCAAAAAUGGGUCUGGUCACUGGUGAGCUUGGAUUUUCCUUCUUGUGUAGAAAUAUACCAGGCUAUCUCGUGUAGUGGGUGUAAAUAUUCUUGAAAAAGAAAUGAAAGAAAAAAUGGAACAAAAUUACAAGAUGUAUAAUCAAUUUAUUAGUGGGUGGGUAACUUAUUUUGUUUCCAAU